GCCUAGAGCGAUCUGAGUUCUGGUCUUUUUGGGGUUUAAGUCACCGCCUUCACAUGAGACGAAAGUGUUUAGGCAACUGGAACGCUACCUCCUCGUGGAACUCCAACCUAACAUUGUUGCCUAAACCUAUUUUCAAGUUCCCUCCCAACCUUCAGCCUCACCUGAAAUCUUCCUAUUCGGCAACAUCGCAGCUCUGAAAUUUCCACACGUAGAUGCACAGUAUACACCGAAGCACGUACAAAAAAAGAAAAAGUUUUCGAGGGUUGGGCCCAAUGAAUAUUUAAUUUCGUCAAAAGCCCUGCCAUUUUGUUCAGUUUCCUUCCCGUACUAUCUUGCUGGAACAAACACAGUGGGAGGAUGGUGACUAAUGCAAUCGGAAUUGUGUACGAUGGGUGACAGCAUUCACCGAUGCUUGCGUUUUUUGAAUAACCGACAGAAACAUACAAACUUUGACGUUUCGUGCCCCACAGAAGAAAAAAAAACUCCUCCCGGACUGGGGUUUAGUGCAGCGUGUCGUGUGCCACAGUCAGUCGGCUGCUAGCUUCUGCAUUGAAAGGUUGUGUCGUUGUUCGUGUGGCUUCUGUGCUUCACAACAACAGGCACACAUUUCGCCACUUGUGUCUGUUUUGCCCUUUUUUUUGUUUUUUUUUUUUUUUUUUUUAUCUUUUCUUUUGAAAAAAAAAAAACGACAACACCUGAAAUAAGCCAGUGUAUCUGUAUAGAAGCGAAAGCUCUUUUCGUUCACGGUUUAUUCACGAUUGUGGACAACAACGACGACGUGAAAGUAUAGUUAUCUCUUCUCGUGGCCGGCAUUUGGCGAACCGCGAUAUCCUCUACAUGACUGAGUGAAGACAAACUGCACACACAGAGAGAAAGAACGAAAGAAAAAGAAAAGGAGAGAAAGCCGCUUGAAAGGUUUACUCAUUGUUGUUGCGUGUGUGUUCGUGAGUCUGCGUGGGGGGAGACUGCUUUGUGCUAGUGCGUGUGCUCACCAUGAUGAAUCACGAAGAAAUCGGUCGAGGAGACUUCGUUCUGCUCGACGAGAUCUCUACCGACAGUUUCAUCCACAAUCUGCGAAUCAGAUUUAAUGGAGGAAAAUUUUACACCUACAUCGGUGAAGUAUGCGUCUCAGUCAACCCAUAUAGAACGCUGAAUAUUUAUGGCCCGGAUUAUGUUAGCCAGUAUAAAGGAAGAGAAAUCUUUGAACGACCGCCGCACAUAUUUGCCAUCGGUGAUGCGGCGUACAAAACGAUGAAGAGAAAUGGCAAAGACACUUGCAUCGUCAUCAGCGGUGAGUCGGGCAGCGGUAAAACCGAAGCUUCGAAAAUCAUCAUGCGUUACUUGGCAGCCGUGACGAACCUUAGCGGCCAGCAAGAAAUCGAACGAGUGAAAAAUAUCCUUCUUCAGUCUAAUGCAAUCUUGGAAACGUUCGGCAAUGCCAAGACAAAUCGCAAUGACAAUUCUUCGAGAUUCGGCAAGUACAUGGAUAUUCACUUUGACUUCAAAGGCGAUCCUAUCGGAGGCCACAUUAACAACUAUCUUCUGGAGAAGUCACGUGUCAUUGUUCAACAAGCCGGCGAACGAAAUUUCCAUUCGUUUUACCAGUUGCUGUUUGGGGCACCCGACAAUGAAGCGGCCAAGCUACAGCUGAAACGUGAUCCAACGUUCUAUCACUUUUUGCGUCAAGGAGGCGUAGCCAAAGUUGAUUCCAUUAGCGACCGAACUGAUUACAAAAACGUUUCAUCUGCUUUCCGCGCCUUAAAUUUUGAUCCCGCAUCCAUAGAGACCAUCUGGAAAAUCGUGGCGGCCGUUUUGCAUCUGGGAAACGCAGAAUUCAAAUCGGAUGGCGACAAGACUCGACUGGCCCAGUCGACGACGCUAUCAACCGUGGCGUCGCUUCUAUGCGUCGACCCCAAUGAGCUGAACCGAGCUCUAUGCCAUCGCGUGAUUGCCGCUAAUGGCGAACUAAUGGAAAAAGGUCACACGACAUCUGAGGCCACUUACGGCAGAGAUGCCUUCGCUAAGGCAUUAUACGAUCGUCUCUUUACUUGGAUUGUGGAACGAGUAAACAGCGCCAUCGAAGUGCAAAGAGCAGACAGAAGCUAUAACGUACCCGGUACUGUUAUUGGCGUUCUUGAUAUUUAUGGUUUCGAAAUAUUCGACAUCAAUAGUUUCGAGCAAUUUUGUAUCAACUACUGCAACGAGAAAUUGCAGCAACUGUUUAUCGAAUUGGUGCUGAAACAAGAACAAGAAGAAUACCGGCGUGAGGGUAUCGCCUGGCAGAAUAUAGAUUAUUUUAACAACCAAAUUAUUUGCGAUCUCGUUGAGCAGCAGCACAAGGGAAUUCUCUCCAUAAUGGAUGAAGCUUGCUUGAAUGUAGGAAAGGUUACUGACCAAAUGCUUUUAGAAGCUUUGGAUCAGAAACUGUCACAGCACAAGCAUUAUACUAGUCGCAAGUUAAGCCCACUUGAUAAAGAGUUACGACAUGGCUCUGAUUUCCGCAUUCGGCAUUACGCCGGUGAUGUCGUCUACGAUGUCAGUGGAUUCCUGGAUAAAAAUAAGGACACACUAUUCCAAGAUUUUAAGCGGCUCCUCUACAGUUCCAAGGACCCCAACAUCCGCCAUAUGUGGCCUGAAGGAGCCCAAGACAUCCACAAGACAACCAAACGACCGCAGACAGCUGGGACACUAUUCAAAAAUUCGAUGAUUGCCUUGGUUAAGAACUUGACAUCCAAAGAACCUUUUUAUGUCCGGUGCAUUAAACCCAAUGACCAGAAAUCGCCAGUGCUCUUCGACGAAGAACGCGUGCGACAUCAAGUCAGUUAUUUGGGUCUGAUUGAGAAUGUGCGCGUCCGUCGUGCUGGUUUUGCUUACAGGCAAAGCUACGAUCGUUUCCUGAGAAGAUACAAGAUGGUCUCCCAAUACACUUGGCCAAAUUUUCGGGGUGGAGCCGAUCGUGACGGAGUCCGCAUUCUUAUACAACAACAAAAUUUUGAGGAAGACGUUGUCUAUGGCAAGACCAAAAUCUUUGUUCGAUCACCGCAGACACUCUUCAUGUUGGAACAAGCUCGUGCUCGACUCAUUCCAGGAAUAGUCAUUUUUCUUCAAAAAUUAUGGAGAGGGUCCGUUUGUCGUCGUCGUUAUAAAAAAAUAUUAGCUGCCAAGAAGAUAGUAGGUGCUUAUCGCCGAUAUAAGAUGCGUGCAUACCUGAGACUUCUUAUUAGUCCCCUUCGCAAUGCCAAACAGUUACGUGACUAUGGUUUGUCUGUUCGAUGGCCAUCGUCACCGCUUAUAAUCGCAAAGCAAGUAGCCAAGUUUCAUGCGGCUUUUCAUCGCUGGCGAGCUUGGAUGGUUAUCCGGGCUAUUCCCUCUCAAGACUGGCCACAACUUCGUCUUAAAAUUGCUGCUGCUGACGUAUUGCAGGGGCAGCGUUCUGGCUACGGACUGAAUCGUCGAUGGGAGGGAAAUUACGUGAGAGAUGAGCUGAAUGCCCCUACAGCUCUGGUCACGCUAAAAACAAAAGACAGAAUUCAGCAAAUCCUGUUUGCGUGUCGAAUCCGCAAAUAUAACAAGCGCUUUAAGUCGAGUGAACGAGCUCUUCUUAUUACUGAAGCUUGCGUAUACAAGCUGGACGGGAAGAAUUUCAAACCCAUGAAGAAUAAAACCCCCUUGGUUGAGAUCACGGCGUUGAGCGUCAGUACCGAGGAUGAUCACCUUCUCGUGAUUCACCUACGAAGUAACAACGAUUUGGUAGUUUCUUUACAGCCCGACGAUCGCACUGGAGGUAGUAGGGUUGGUGAAGCAGUGGGAAUUCUCUUACAGCAAUGCCAGAAAUUGAACGAUAAACCGUUGACAGUCAAAACUGGUACGCGGAUCCAGUGCAUGCUUGGUCGAAAGCCGCGCACGAUUCAGAUCGAUUCGAACAACGCUUCCAUUAGUGCCAUCAACUUUGUCAAGCAAUCUAAAACAGAUAUCCUUUAUCAAUCACCCCCAACUUCAGUUUCCACGAAAGGAGUUGCGACCAAUGGUCAAAAUGGAUAUCACUGAGAAGUGGUCACUAAUGAUCCUUCGCGGGCCUACAGCAAGGUGGGCUGUAUAACACAUUUUUGUUUUCUCUCUUCUUAAAAGAACCUGUGGUUCCAUCGGGUCUUAAUUAAAAAGGUAUAAAGAGCAAAUAUUAACAGUUUCUUAUGUAUGUGUCAAAUUUAUGGUGUUAUCAUACCGUGCCAUUUUUAUUCUUGUAAUUUUACUGUUGUUUCCCUCUGGCAAUCGCUACUACUGGGACUUCGAUAUCGGUGUAUAAUUUUAUUGGAUUUUCACGGCUUAGCAAAACCAAAACGCUGUAUUCAUGUAUACAUCACAUUCUAUUUUCUUCAAGUCGCCAUUUCCCUCCCAACACAAAAUUACUUUUUGGAAUUGUAGCAUUCAAGCGGCUUGAUGUAGCGAUUCGUGAUUUUAUUCGCCUUCUGACCUAUCAAAGGAAUCAAUUAUAUAUGCGGCAGUCAAAUAGUUCAAUCUUAGAAGGUACUUUAUUAUUCAAUACACUGCUUGCAAGAUUUU